CUUUAGAAAGAGACAAUCUGGAGCACUUCCAGCUGAGUGGCCAUUCAAGGAAAGCACGAAUCACGGUUUAACACAAUUAAUGAUUUAAAAGUUACGAAGACUCAGGCAAAUCUUACUGGUUUGUUUUUCUAGCCUUGAUUUCUUCGUCUGAAAGAUGACCUCAAAUAGCGUACUUCUUUUAGUUAUACUCGUGGCAGUGGUCGAAGCGUUACCAAAGAAGAAAGGAAACAAGCCCGAACCCCGUGAUAGUAAUCGUUCACUUCUAACAGAGCUUCAACAGGCUGAAUCUUCUGGCGCAGAGACUGGGAAAGAAAUAGGCACAACAGCCGCUGUUCUUUUGGAGAAAGUUCCAAAAUUUAAAACAAAAGUGGCAGAAAUAAAGUGGAAAUUAAACAAGGCACGAAAGAAACUGAAAAUUGCCAAGCAAUAUGUAGCACUCGCUGAUAAGGUUUCACUAAUGAGAAAGAAAGGAAAAGGUGCCAGCAAAGAUGUCAAGGAUAUAAUACGCAAGGCAGAGGUUGCUUUGGUCCACGCCGGUGAACACAUGGGUCUCGAUUAUGUUCAUUUCAAGAAAUGAUUUAAAGAAAUUUGGAAGUUAGCGGAAGCUUACACCAGGCAUACAUGGGAAAGUUACCAAGAGGAAAUCAUGACAGCCAAAACUUUUUAAAAUGAACGUUUUAAAAAUAACUUCUAAAGUGAACGUUUUAAACCUACUCUAAUGUUGAAAAUGUUUCUGUUUGCACUGAUUUUUUUAGUGGUUUUCCAUACUAAGUGAGAGCUGCGUCAGUUUAAGCUAAAACUAAGUGUCGGCUUCGCAUCAAGUUGACAACGACAGAGGAUUUAACUCUGAACUAAAACUCUGUAUAAAGGAUGACCGACUUAAGUCUGCGCUAUGUUAAAACAGAAGGCAUUAAAACACCCAUAAAUUUUCUAUUUCUUUUUCCAAAAUUGUUUUGGCAGUCUGCUAUCUGAUAACGUCACGGAUAAUUUUCAGCCACUUUCCACGAGCGGAAAAAAAUUAACAAUAUCCAAUCACGACUUCCGUGUUCCCUCCCUCUCACUUAUCAAUAAAAAUGGCAAUUACUUACGUAAUGGA